CUGUCAUAACAAAAGCGCAUCGCGAAGGAAGACGGAGGCGAGCGCGGCAUCUUUUCAACACGCUUGUGAAAUUGCGAUCCAAUUUUGCUGCGAAAUUUCCACUUUCAAGUCGUUCUAACUCCACAACCCAACCAUGUCGGACCCCAGCUCCAAGGACACGGUGCUGAAAACCGCAAUGAUUUACGUUUGCGGCGAAUGCCACCACGAGAACGAGAUGCGACCCCGGGAUCCGAUCCGUUGCCGAGAAUGUGGCUACCGCAUCAUGUACAAGAAGCGAACAAAGCGAUUGGUUGUCUUCGAUGCUCGUUAAACUGAUGGUGGUUCGAGAAUUUGUGAUGUUUGGAUUAUUCAAGUGUGUGCGACUUCAACUUCAAUAUAUUAAAAUAAGGUAAAAAUAUUCUUUUUUGUAUUUAAAUUCCGAAAAUUCCCGAUGCAAUGACUGUCAUUUAGAUAUCAAAAGGGAAAUUUCUUUCAAGUUACAGAAUACUGUAUACUUAAAGGACUUUAUUAUCGCCUUACUUCCUUGCAUCAUAAUCUGUUCUGUUUGUCAUUCUGUACGUGCCAGAGUGUGUAGUGGAAAAUGUUAUAUUUCUAGCGCUAAAAUAGUCUCACAAAUAAAUAGAUACAAUCUUAUGAUUAGCAAAAACAGCAUUGCUUACGGCGAUAACACCAGCACGGAAAUAGUCAUCUCUCUAAACUGCAAACACCUUGCUCCUAUCGGCAGAAAUCGUUCCCUACUCCCACAUAUAGAAAAAUACGAUGAAUAAUUACAGCAGUUGAAGGGGUUGGUCACAUCAACGACGA